AUGCCGUUCAUCGGUCUCGACUGGCGGGCUCCAGGCGAGGAAUGGAUCAAGACCGCCGAAGGCUGGGAGAAGAAGAAACUCAAGCCGAUUCCGAGUGACUGUUCUAUUGAAUCAGCUGGACUGAGGGAACUAGACGAUGUCUGCCACACGACAAAGCUGCGAGAUUCGGAAUUGGUCCCGCGAAACAUUACCGGUGGUGGUGGUUGCAACAGGGCUGCCGAGACGACCACCACGACGCAGGACGCUCAACCACCCCACUACUUUCUUGCAAUGAACAAGUCGUCCCAGUUCAUUCGAGACGUAAGCCUAAGCGACGCAUUUCAAAAACUCGACUUCAUCUCCGCGAUAUCCGAUGUACGGCGCUUUAACUAUGUAUCGAAGGUGGUCGAAAUACUUGUUAAAAACAAGCUGGUCAACCUCAGUGGCUCCGGACGCAAAAUUCUUCUUUCUUUGAUCGAAAGGCUUACGGAGCAUUGUUUAAGAAACUACGUACAGCUUUAUACGUUACGAUCACUCAUCGCAGAUCUCACUGACGGAUUGAACAAAGGUCACCACUACGGCUCUGAGAAAUUGCUGGCGAUUCAUCAGAGCGUUGUUCGACAUCUGGUCAGUGUCGUUUGCGAUGUGUCCAUGUCGGCACAUAACACGCACACCCGCUGCUCUUACAACUGCGUGCGAUUGCUCGACCUGCCCGUCGAUUGUCUCUUGGCCGUACUGUCUCGUCUGUCUGACCAUAACAGUCUGAUGAACGUCGCCGACGCACAUCACUCUCUGUGGACGCUGGUGUCCAUGCAGUGCCAGCUCUGGCGCCGUCUUUGCUGCUUUCACUUUACGCAGCAGCAGAUCGCUUGGGCGCUAGAUCGAAAUUCUGAGCGGCCAGGUUGCACGAAGGCUGCGCUGUGGCGCUCUGUCUAUUUCGAUCUCAAAAAGUGGGUGGUAUAUGUGUUAUGA